GCUGAUGCUAUGCUUCAAAAACUUGAGAAAGAAAAUCGAUGAUGUGGAUGCAAAAAUUGGUGACAUACUCUUGACAGAGCGAAGUUGUGCUCCUAUCCCCAAAAUCAUACACAUAAACCAGCCGGCCCUUUUUGUUGGCAUAGUAUAUGCAAUUCGGUUUGCUUCCUCCGCCAAAGGCGGACCAACAGCAGAACCCAUUACCGCACGAGCCGAUGAAAACCGUCAUCCCAUCUAUUCGGUCGAGCUCCACGCACUCCCUCCUCUCCACAUCUACUCGGAAAACACGGAACACCAUGCCAUCAUCCUCCUUAUCCGCAUGGUAGCCAAA